AAGAGUGUUGGCCGUUGGUGCAGAAAGCCUUGAAUGAACAUGUAUGCAUAUUUUAUACAUUCCUUUGAGAUUUUGCUCUUAUGCCUUUACUUUCAAGUAAGUGUAUGUGUGCUGAUGGAUUUUUUUUUAAAGGUGCUAGCAUAGCUGGUUAAUUUAGUUCCUUUGGUAUUUUAAAAUGUAGGUAAGCUUUAUUCUUAUAUUUAUAAUUUGUUUUUAAUUUUGUGAGUAAUUUGAAAAAUUUGCAUACAUUUAAUAUUUUAGGAAUUUCACAGACUCUCUGAAACUCAACUGUGAAAUCCAAAUUUCAGAAUGCCUACUCUCUAGACCAUGAUCGUUGCCAGUAUCUGUCCAUUUGUAGCUAAGUCAUGUUCCUAACUAAUUUCUUACCUUCUGUAUUGAAUCAAAGAUGUGGAUGUGGCCAGCUUUCCCCUAUAUCAUUGCUGCUGCCAUACCCCUAGAGGGGUAUGUAUUUGAUUUUGUUUUUGGAUUGAAACCCAUUAGUGGAUUGAGAAGUCAAUUUUUAAUGGCUAUAAUUAGCCAUAAAAAAUCAAUGUAUCACAUGUGGUAAAGGUAAGUACCAUUUUAUGAGGCUAUUGGUUCAGUUUUGUGUGUGUGUGUAUAUACAGUAGGUUAUGAUAUAAAAAGGAUUUCUCACUGUGGGACUGCUCUAGAAUUGGUUGUGCCUUUGGGACUUAGGUGGCUCGGCAAGCUGCAGACUGUGUUAUAUAAGUGUAUCUGAAUUGAACUCAGUAUUUUUUUCUUGUAAACUCAUAGAGAUCCAAUCAUAUGUGGAAUGGUUCAACACUCAAUAUGUGAAAUAUUCUUCAGAUUAUGCUCACAACACAUUAAUGCAACCCUGGACCUGAUUGAGGGCAGUAUGACUGUUUGUACUACAAAGAAGACUUUUGAUCCAUAUAUCAUCAUUAGGGCCCGAGAUCUAAUAAAACUGUUAGCAAGGAGUGUUUCAUUUGAACAGGCAGUACGAAUUCUUCAGGAUGAUAUUGCAUGUGACAUAAUUAAAAUAGGUUCUUUAGUAAGAAAUAAAGAAAGAUUUGUAAAAAGAAGACAACGGCUUAUUGGUCCCAAAGGAUCUACAUUGAAGGCAUUGGAACUCUUAACGAACUGUUACAUUAUGGUUCAGGGAAACACAGUUUCAGCCAUUGGACCUUUUAGUGGCUUAAAAGAGGUGCGAAAAGUAGUUCUAGAUACUAUGAAGAAUAUCCAUCCAAUUUAUAACAUUAAAACCUUAAUGAUUAAAAGAGAGUUGGCAAAAGAUUCUGAAUUACGAUCACAAAGUUGGGAAAGAUUUUUGCCACAGUUCAAACACAAAAAUGUGAAUAAACGCAAGGAACCAAAGAAAAAAACUGUUAAGAAAGAGUAUACACCAUUCCCACCACCACAGCCAGAAAGUCAGAUUGAUAAAGAAUUGGCUAGCGGUGAAUACUUUUUGAAGGCGCAUCAGAAGAAGCGACAGAAAAUGGAGGCAAUAAAGGCUAAACAAGCAGAAGCUCUCAGUAAGAGACAAGAGGAAAGAAACAAAGCUUUUAUUCCACCUAAAGAAAAACCAGUUAUGAAACUGAAGGAAGCUUCUACUGAAACUAAAAUUGAUGUGGCUACCAUCAAGGAAAAGGUUAAGAAAGCAAAGAAUAAGAAACUGGGAGCUCUUACAGCUGAAGAAGUUAAGCUUAAGAUGGAAGCAGAUGAAAAGAGAAAGAAGACAAAAAAGUAAACAAAAAAAAAUCCCCUUAAGUACAACUUAAGCUAUCUCCUUUUGUAAAGGAUUUUGAAGUACUAGGGCAUUAGUUGCCUUAUUUGUGAGUAGUAGUACUUGGAUCACUUUUUUCCUGAGUUUUAAUAGUAUUCUUUAUAAAUUAUUGUAUACUAGAAAAUGAUAUGUAUUGUGUACAUUGUACCUACCUAAUUGGGUCCAGGCAAGUUUUGCUUGAUUUUAGAUAUGUGACCAUUAUGAUAAUGUCCCAGCAUUUGGUUUCCAGGAAAAUAAAUACCAAUUUUUCAAAG